GAGCGAGCGGCGAUGGGAUGGCGCCCGCGAGAGGCCCCCGGGCGGGCCGGGCGGGCGCGCUGACCGGGGGGGCGGGGGCCGGGCCGGGCCGGGGGCGCCGUCGGGGCGGGGCGGCCGAUGGAGGCGGACGUGGACUACGAGCGGCCCAACGUCGAGACGAUCAAGUGCGUGGUGGUGGGCGACAACGCGGCCGGCAAGACGCGGCUCAUCUGCGCGCGGGCCUGCAACGCCACCCUCUCGCAGUACCAGCUGCUCGCCACCCACGUGCCCACCGUCUGGGCCAUCGACCAGUACCGCGUCUGCCAGGAGGUGCUGGAGCGCUCGCGGGACGUGGUGGACGAAGUCAGCGUCUCCCUGCGGCUCUGGGACACCUUCGGCGACCACCACAAGGACCGCCGCUUCGCCUAUGGCAGGUCUGAUGUGGUGGUCCUUUGCUUCUCCUUGGCCAACCCCAACUCCCUGCGGCACGUGAAGACCAUGUGGUACCCCGAGAUCAAGCAUUUCUGCCCGCGCACGCCCAUCGUGCUGGUCGGCUGCCAGCUAGACCUACGCUAUGCAGACCUGGAGGCCGUCAACCGUGCACGCCGGCCCUUGGCCAAGCCGAUCAAGCCCUCUGACAUCCUGCCCCCGGAGUGCGGCCACGAGGUGGCCAAGGAGCUGGGCAUCCCGUACUACGAGACCAGCGUGGUGGCCCAGUUUGGCAUCAAGGACGUCUUUGACAACGCCAUUCGCGCAGCUCUCAUCUCCCGCCGCCACUUGCAGUUCUGGAAGUCGCACCUCAAGAAGAUGCAGCGGCCGCUGCUGCAGGCCCCGUUCCUGCCCCCGAAGCCGCCCCCGCCCAUCAUCCACAUCCCGGAACCGGCCGCCAACGAGGGCCGGGGCCCCGGCAGCCUCUUCCAGGAGCCUCUCUGUGCUGACGUGAUGUUCUGCCUGCAGGGCGGCCACCGGGUCUUUGCCCACCGGGUGUACCUGGCGACCUCCUGCUCCAAGUUCUACGACCUGUUCACGCUGGACGCAGGAGAAGCCGCGGGCGCAAAGGAGCCGGCCAGCAGGACUAAGAGCCUGGAUGCCGACAAGCGCUCUCUGGGAGUUGCGACGGCCGCCUCGCUGCGGACCUCCCAGAGCGACGACCCCCUGCGCCUGGCUCAGUCGUCACGCGAGCUGUCCGGCUGGGGCCGGGGGUUUGUCAGCAUGUGUCAAGAGGAGGUGCGCGACCCGGUCACGCAGCAGGAGAAGCCCAUGACCGCGGUCUACAUGGCCGGGCUGGUGCAGCUGAGCCCCUUUCGGGCUGUGCUGGAGUACCUGUACACGGGGAACCUGGACCAGCACCGGGCUGACCUGAUGCAGGUGGCCGCCAUCGCCGAGCUGCUGGAAGUCUUUGACUUGCGCAUGAUGGUGGCCAACAUCCUCAACAAGGAAAGCUUCAUGAACCGAGAGAUCACCAAGGCCUUCCACGUGCGCCGUGCCAACCGCAUCAAGGAGUUCCUGAGCAAAGGCACCUUCGCAGAUGUGAUGUUUGUGGUGGACGAUGGCUCCUUGCUGGCCCACAAGCCACUGCUGCUCGCCGGCUGUGACUUCAUGGUAGCCAUGUUUGGCAGCACUUUCCGUGAGAGCCGUGCAGCUGAGGUCUCCUUGCCAGGCACCAACCGGGCGUGCCUGCACGCUGUGCUGGAGUUCCUCUAUACGGGGCUCUUUGUCCCCAGCGCAGACCUGGACGCCACGGAGCUGCUGGUGCUGACCAACCGACUGUGCUUGAGCCGUUUGCAGGCCCUGACCGAGCAGUACGCGGUGGACGAGCUGAUUCAGGCCAGCCUCCAGCAGGUGGAGAUUGAUGCGCAGGUAAUCCUCUACCUGGAGAUGACACAGUUCCACAAUGCCCAUCAGUUGGCUGCCUGGUGCCUCCAUUACAUCUGCACCAACUACAACAGCGUCUGCCGCCGCUUUCCCCGCGAGAUGAAGUACAUGUCCCCAGAAAACCAGGCCCAUUUUGAGCGCCACCGCUGGCCCCCCAUCUGGUACCUGAAGGAGGAGGACCGCUACCUGCGCUCGCAGAAGGAGCGGGAGCUGGAGGAGGAGGCCACGCGGAAACAGCACCCUCGCAGCAAGUGGUGCUUCUGGCGCCCCCACCACACCAGCCACAUCUCUUGAGUGGCCCCGCGCCCUCCCCGCCUGCCAGGAAAAGGGGACAGACACCAGGCUGCCAGCCUUGCUCGUGCCUUUAUGGGGGGGAGGAGAGGGGAGGGCGUCGGGGCUUUCUGCCUACCUGCCCGCCAGGCGUGAAGGGAGAGCCGCUCCUUGCGUCGUUUACCUGCCGUCUGCCUUCCUGUCGGCUCUGUGCUUCUUGCCGCUGCCGCCGCGCCUUCACUUGGUGUUUACACCCCUGUUGUACCUGGUGCUGGAGACGGGGCCUACUGCACUCCCAGGCCUCGCACCAGCCUUUCUCUAGUUGCUACCUCUGACCUUAGCAGUAUUUGGGCCCCAGCCGAGGGGGGGGCAGGUGAGGAGGCAGCAGAGGGCCUGGGCUCCUCCCCACACGGGGCUCCUGCACGGAGAAAGAUCUCUUCUGGUUGAUAGGCUGGAACUGAAGUUGUGAUACCACUUGCUGAGACUGUCGGGGGAAGGGUGGGGGGUGGAUGGGUGUGGGGAGUGCAUGCAAAGAUAAGGAACCGUGGAACUUGUACGUUGGUGGGAGGGGGGGGAAGGGUAGCAAUUCUGUAAAGGUCUGUAGUUUGUAAGUGCAGCUUCAGGCUGCUGCUUUGGCGGAGCUGCGUUUGGCACCCCUUCUGGGCCUCGUGGUGCCUUUGGACACAAUGCAAGCCUCCCCCAUCUCCUUGGGGGGGGCUGCCCUCCCUCCCUGGAGGCACCUUGGUGGGAGAAAGGCAGGCUAUUCCCGAUCUCCAGGGCGGGGAGGGGCCUCUUCCUCCUUCCUUCCUUCCUUCCUUCCUUCCCACCCCAGGAAUUCUACACAAACCGUUUUACACUUUUUCUAGGUGUCCUGUUUUUUCUGCUGCCUCAGCUGAGCACAAACCUCCCUGGGUGGUGCUGUUUGCAGCACUGCCUGUCCUGAAGGGCUCUGACGGAUGCCGCCCCCCCCCCCAACCCCGAGGCUGAUGCGCAUCUCUCUUCCUAACCACUGUGAAUUGGGCCUAGUCCGCCCCUCAUUUUCUUACACACUUUUAAGUAUUGGACUGUUUUAACCUUUAAUAAAAGCCUUUUGUAUUGUG